GGCAGAGGCGGCAGCGCUCGCCAUUGCCGCUUGGUGGCAGGAGGCUGCGAGGAGCCGGCGCGGUCGCAGUCUCCACGGCGCAGGCCCACGGUAGCGCAGCCGCUCUGAGAACUUCAUGGAGGAGCACAGUGUGACCCAGACUGAACACAUGGCUACCAUAGAAGCCCAUGCCGUGGCCCAGCAGGUGCAGCAGGUCCAUGUGGCGACCUACACAGAACACAGCAUGUUGAGUGCCGAUGAAGACUCUCCUUCUUCUCCUGAGGACACAUCUUACGACGACUCAGACAUACUCAACUCCACUGCGGCCGAUGAGGUAACAGCCCAUUUGGCUGCUGCAGGCCCUGUGGGAAUGGCUGCUGCUGCUGCUGUGGCAACAGGGAAGAAGCGGAAACGGCCCCACGUGUUUGAAUCAAACCCAUCCAUCCGGAAGAGACAGCAAACACGAUUGCUUCGGAAACUUCGAGCCACUUUAGAUGAAUAUACCACUCGAGUGGGGCAGCAAGCAAUUGUCCUUUGUAUUUCACCCUCCAAACCCAACCCUGUCUUUAAAGUGUUUGGCGCGGCACCUCUGGAGAAUGUGGUGCGUAAGUACAAGAGCAUGAUCCUGGAAGACCUGGAGUCUGCCCUGGCUGAACAUGCACCUGCACCGCAAGAGGUUAACUCCGAGCUGCCACCUCUCACCAUCGAUGGAAUUCCGGUCUCUGUGGACAAAAUGACCCAGGCCCAGCUUCGAGCUUUUAUUCCAGAGAUGCUCAAGUACUCCACAGGACGGGGAAAACCAGGCUGGGGCAAAGAAAGCUGCAAACCCAUCUGGUGGCCUGAAGACAUCCCCUGGGCCAAUGUCCGGAGUGAUGUCCGCACGGAGGAGCAGAAACAGAGGGUUUCAUGGACUCAGGCACUACGAACCAUAGUUAAAAACUGUUAUAAGCAGCACGGGCGGGAGGACCUUUUGUAUGCGUUCGAAGAUCAACAAACACAAACACAAGCCACAACCACGCACAGUAUAGCCCAUCUUGUCCCAUCCCAGACUGUAGUCCAGACCUUUAGUAACCCUGAUGGCACUGUCUCACUUAUCCAGGUUGGUACAGGGGCAACAGUAGCCACUUUGGCUGAUGCUUCAGAAUUGCCAACCACAGUCACUGUUGCCCAAGUGAAUUAUUCUGCUGUAGCUGAUGGAGAGGUGGAACAAAAUUGGGCCACGUUACAGGGAGGUGAAAUGACCAUCCAGACGACACAAGCAUCAGAAGCCACCCAAGCAGUGGCCUCAUUGGCAGAGGCGGCAGUGGCAGCGUCUCAGGAGAUGCAGCAGGGAGCUACGGUCACCAUGGCACUCAACAGCGAGGCUGCUGCCCAUGCCGUCGCCACGCUAGCUGAGGCCACCUUGCAAGGCGGGGGGCAGAUCGUCCUGUCUGGAGAAACCGCAGCAGCCGUUGGAGCACUUACUGGAGUCCAAGAUGCUAAUGGACUGGUCCAGAUCCCUGUCAGCAUGUACCAGACUGUGGUCACCAGCCUCGCCCAGGGCAACGGGCCGGUACAAGUGGCCAUGGCCCCCGUGACCACCAGGAUAGCAGACAGCGCGGUCACCAUGGACGGCCAGGCAGUGGAGGUGGUGACCCUGGAGCAGUGACCCACAGCCGUGCUGGGGCCCCCUUUUCUAGUCUCCUUCCAGAUUUUGUACACGUUUGCAGAGGUGCAAUCACACGGAAUUAAGUCUCUUGACUUAAGAAGACAAGUUUUGUUAACCUUUUUUUUUAAAAAAAGGAAGAAAGGCAGCCGAUUUGGGACUUGUGUUUUUUAAAGCACCACGUGGAGCGACGGGGGACCAGUGUGGCGCGAGAGACUGUGCUCUCCCAGUCACUGUUCCCAAAAGGCCAAACUGUGGCAGGACUUCUUUCUGCGGAAACGUGUGUGUAUAUGUCCGUGUGUCUACGUGUGAGUGUGAAUAUAUGUAUAUGUGUACAUAGGGGUAUACACAUUUACAUAUAUGUACAAAGUAUAUAUAUGUAUAUGUUUAUAUAUAUAUAUAUAUAUAUGUAUGAAACCCGCAUGAAUUAUCUGUAUGAAAUCAAGGUGAGCUGUGGGGAAAUAAUUCACCCAGUUUAGUGGGUGUAGGGUACGUGGCCAGACACAGCCACCCAGUUUGUUGUUCAUACCAGGGUCAUGCGAUGAGCUACUGAGAAACUCAGGCGGAGGUGACCGUGGCCUUCACCAAAGCUGCCUCCAGUGGCCGCCCCAGACUGUCCCCAUCGCCUCCCCCGAGGAAGGAGCUUCCAGAGGGAACCAGUGCCAGAAAUUGUGCCGGCAAAGUCACAGGCCUCGUAAACUGGCAGCUGAGCGCUCUUCAGGGCUGGCCCUGGUGCCAGCCUUGCCGCCUCCACAUGAAUGUCCUCAAACCUCCCAGGGGGAGAUCUCCAGGGGGACUUUGUGCAGCCGCCCAGCCCUGCCCAGGAAACCCUCCGGACCUAUUAACUAUUCAGAUGUUUGGGUUUGAAGGUCAGCCCUGAAUUGGUCAGAGUAGACAAACAGAGGGUAACAGAAGUAUUAAGGGUCUAAAGAGUAUGUGUGUGUUAUUAAGUAUGCUUGGGCCUAUGGGGACAAGAAUGGGACAAGGAGCGUGAGGGGCAGGAAGGAGGGGAGAGAAAAACCUUCAGAGACCCAGGCCCAAUGUGGAGGCUGUUUUCCCCAUCCUGUCCCUCUAGCAGGGAAGGGGCUUCUGGCUCACAGGAGGGGGUGCAAGGGCCAAGGUUUGCCCCAUACCCUGGGACCAGGCCCUUUUUCACCGGGAACAUGGGCUUUGCCAGGCUCUCCCCCCCUCGUCCUCCUAGAUCUAGUGGUCUGAGCCACACUUAAGUUCUCAGCAGUAAGCCCAGGGCAAGUGCUAAACUCAAGGCCUUUUCCAGGGCCACGUCGCCCCUCCUGAGUCAGGGAACCCCUUGCCCUCCUUCCGUCCUGUCCUCUUCUACCCAUGUGUGAUAGUGUAUUUAAUGUGUUUUUUUAAUGCAACAUUAAAAGAUUCUUCACGUCUUGCUCAGCCUUUGAGAAAAGUUUCAGAUUUCUUGUAUUUGCUUGUUUUAUAUAAAACUCUCCAAUGUUUUU